ACGUAAAAAAAAUCCAGCAAAGAAAAAGUUUGUUUAUUUUUCAAAUGAUCCAUCGAUUCGAUUAUCUUUUGAUGAAAAUCGAUUAUUAUAAUAGACGACGCUAUGUUCGUCGAUGUCAUGAACAUCAUCAUCAUAAUGAAAAUUGGUUGAAAUCAUGGCUUAUUCUAAUAUUUACAAUAUUAAAUUUAAAAUUUCAACAUCGUCAUGAUUCAAUAUUCCAUUGUCAUUGCCGUCAUCGUCAUUCCAUACGAUUUAUUUUAUUAUCAUCAUUAUCGAUUUUAUUUUUGUUUGGAUUUUAUACAGGUUUAAUCGAGGCUUAUGAAUUUUUUCAUCAUGAUCAUCAUAAUCAUUAUGAACAACAACAGCAACAAUUUCAAUCGAAUCAACAACAAAUUCAUUUUAGUCCAAUCAUAUCGAAUCGUUCGAAUCAAUCCAACAUAUUUCGUAUAGGAAUUAUAUUUACCAAACAAUCUCAUACUGAAUUUCAUCAUGCAAUUUUUCGUUACGCAAUCAAAUAUUUUAAUAAUCGUCAACAACAAACGAUACCAUCAUCAUUAAAUUCUUUAUCAUCAUCAUCAUCAUCAACAAUCAAAAGCCAUUCAAAUCAUCAACAACAACAACAAAAUACAAUGUAUUCUUCUUCGCAACAAUUCAAUCCACAACCAUAUAAUCAUUUGCCUACAUCGACAUUGACCAACAAUGAACAUUCAUCAUCAUCAUCAUCAUCAUCUACGGUACCAUUUCCACAAAUAAAAUUAAUACCAUUGAUCAGCCAUAUUGAUCAUGAUAAUCCAUUUCAAGUGAUCCAAGAACUUUGCCUUCAAUUAAAUCGUGGUGCAAUGGCAUUGAUAAUACCACCAAGUGGCCUAUUCAAUAGCCAUCAAACAUUGAUGGCUUAUUCAACAGUAUUCAAGUUUCCAUUAAUAUCAACAGCAAUGAUACCAUCAUUUUCAUCCGAAAAUUCUUAUUCGAAAAUUCCAAAAUCAUAUCCAUGGCCAUCAUUUGAAACAUCAUCAUCAUCAUCAUCAUCAUCACAACAACACCAGUCAUCCACAUCAAAUCAAGAACGUGAUCAUCUUUUUAAGAAUCGUUUUCGUUCAUCAUCAUCAUCGUUUGAAUAUGGAAACUUUACGUUUCAUUUAUAUCCAGAUUUUACUAGAGCAAUUGCUGAAACAAUCAAAUAUUAUAAAUGGCCAAAUAUUAUUUUUUUGUACAAUACAGAUACGGGUUCACUUCGGUUUCAACAUCUAAUGCAUCAUCUUACUGGUUGGUUAGAUGACGGACAAUGGCAUCCAAUAGUAUUGUCAUUGGUACGAAAUUUUGAUAAUAUCAAUGAAGCUAACCAUAUUUUACAACAAUUGGAAUUGAAUGAAAGCCAUUCACGAAAACAUGUCGUACUUGAAUGCCGUACAAUGGCCGAAGCACGAUCGAUCAUUGUCAAUCAUGUACGUGAUAUAUUCAUAAGUGCAAGAAAUUAUCAUUUCCUCAUUUCCAAUCAUCUAUUAUCUACUGAAGAAUUUUUCGAUGACACUAUCAAAGAACUUUAUGUAAUGAAUAUCACAUUGCUUCAAUUGUCAUCCUCAUUAUCAUCAUCAUGGUCUACAUGGCAUUCAAAGUCCAGUAAACUAUCUCCAUACGAUACUAUGGACAUGAUCAAUACAUCAUCAGCCGAAAGUCGCCUUUUUUCAAUUUUUUUCCGCUACUUUCAUACACAAACGAAUGCUGGUGUCGAUACGAAUGGAACCAGUAAUAGCUAUCCUAAUGGAAAUUUCAAAUCAUCAGCUUCGUUACCGCCACAAUUAGAACAGGCUUCAGAUGGUCUACUUUUAUUUGAUGCUAUACAAACUCUUUAUAAGGCAUUUUUUUCAAUGUCUAAUUCGUUAAAUUAUGACUUUAAUCAACGUGUUCGAUCACCGACACCUACAAAUACAUUGAACUUAACAAAUGCUUGUAAUUCGAUAGGAACUGAGCAAUUCAUUUCGACACAAUUCGGUGACCAUCUUCGACAGUUCAUUUUGAAACAAUAUUUAGACGGUCUCACCGGUCCAAUUGAUUUCGAUCGAUUCGGACAACGACAAAACUACUCAAUCGACAUUAUUGAAUCUGGAUUGAAUUUAAAACCACACAAGAUUGGUAAUUGGACUAAUCGAGAUGGUUUUCGUUUAGAUCUGGAAAUGAUAAAGAAAAAAUCAGAAGAUUUGGAAAAUCUGGAGAACAAAAUUUACUAUGUUACAUCGAUUGUCGAAGAACCAUAUUUGAUUGUGAAAAAAAGUCAUGGUGGAAAAAAAUUUCAGGGCAACGAUCGUUUUGAAGGUUAUUGCAAAGAUCUUGCCGAUUUAAUUGCUCAACAUUUAAACAUUACAUAUGAAAUGCAUUUAGUAAAAGAUUCAAAAUAUGGUGGAAUCGUUAAAAAUAAUACUAAAGAAUGGAAUGGUAUGGUCGGCGAAUUAGUCAGGCAUGAAGCUGACAUUGCAAUUGCUCCUUUGACCAUUACUUCAGCUCGUGAACGAGUCAUCGAUUUUACUAAACCAUUUAUGUCAUUAGGCAUAUCUAUCAUGAUCAAAAAACCACAGAAAAAGAAUCCUGGAGUAUUUUCAUUCAUGAAUCCAUUGAGCUAUGAAAUAUGGAUGUGUGUUAUUUUAGCAUAUGUUGGCGUAUCAGUCGUUUUGUUUUUAGUAUCAAGAUUUUCUCCUUAUGAAUGGCGCUAUGAAGAGACUGUAUAUGGACCACAUGUUUCUAAUGAUUUUUCAUUAUACAAUUCUCUUUGGUUUGCACUUGGCGCCAUCAUGCAACAAGGUUGUGAUGUUUAUCCACGAUCGGUUGCCGGUCGAAUUGUUGGAUCUGUUUGGUGGUUUUUUACAUUGAUACUUUUAUCCACCUAUACCGCUAAUUUAGCUGCAUUCUUAACGGUUGAACGUAUGGUGACACCUAUUAAUUCGGCCGAUGAUCUAGUCAAACAAACUGAAAUUGAAUAUGGUGUUCUUGCUGAUUCUUCAUCGAUGGAAUUUUUUCGGAGAUCUAAAAUUGCCGUUCACCAACGAAUGUGGGAAUUUAUGAAAUCCCGACCACAUGUUUUUGUUGAUUCAUAUGAGGAUGGUAUACGUCGUGUACGAGAAUCGAAAGGAAAAUAUGCGUUUCUUAUUGAAAGUACCAAGAAUGAUUAUGUUAAUGAAAGAAAACCGUGUGAUACAAUGAAAGUGGGAAGGAAUUUUGAUGCCAAAGGAUAUGGUGUCGCUACACCUCGUGGAUCAAUUUUACGGGAAAAAUUGAAUUUAGCAAUAUUAUAUUUGAUUGAAAAUGGUGAUCUAACUAGGCUAGAGAAUCGAUGGUGGUUUGAUCGAAGCGAAUGUAAAUCGAAAGAACAAAAAGAUACAAACCAAUAUACAUUGACUUUAAAUUCGGUUGCCGGAUGUUUUUACAUAUUGAUCAGUGGUCUUUUAUUGGCAAUGAUUGUCGCUUUAUGUGAAUUUAUAUUGAAAGCUCAACAUGAUUCAGCCGUUUACAAUAUUUCAUUCAUGGAAGCAAUGCGUUCAAUUCUUUGCAUUUCAAUCACCGGUAAACCAACUAAAAUGAUUCGAAAUCUACAAUUGAAGAUAAAUCAAGAUGAAUUCGAUACUUCGGCAGCCAUCGAUGAGCCACCACCGCCAACCUCAAUGAAUCAUUCAUUUGAAUCAAUGUUUCAAUAAUUUAUAAUGCGUUAUGUUUUUUUUCUCACUUUAUUCAUUCUUUUUUUUUUGUAUUGAAUAGAAUCAUCAUGAAUAUUUUUUGUUUUAUGUUAUAAGAUUAUUCAUGUCAUGAUUUAUUAAACCAUAUAUCAAAAUAUAAUCACCAACACAUUGACACAUUCACAUCGUAUAUAUUUGAUCAAUGAAUUUCAACGAUACAAAAUAAAACUUGAAUGAACUUCUGCUGCAAUACACAGCAUU